AUGGAUGCACAAGCACUUGUCACAGGCGCAGCCCCAGCCCCAAUGGAGACCUGGCAGACCGAGUUUGAGGGCCACACGAUCACAGUCCACACGAACGCGGUCUACAUGGACAGCUGUGGAAGCGGCCCGACGGAUCCCGUCACCUGGACCAGGACCACGACUGUGACCGCAGACCUGAACAUGAGCGUGAACGGGAACGUGGUCCAAGGCCCCACGGUCCUCGCUUUCAAUCACCCUGCCGAUGAUACUGGACUUGUUUUUGCAUCUUCCGCCGCCGCCCUAGGUCUCGAGACGUGGCAGACGGAAUUCGAAGGCCACACAAUCAGCAUCUUCUCGGACAAGGAUCUUCUAGCGGCCGCCCGAAGCCUCCAGACCAGCCAGGACAAGAUGCCCCCGAUCUUCAGCUUCAUCGUUCCCGCCGAUGUGGCCGACGACGAUACAUGGGGCUUCGUGGCGCGCUUGCUCCAGCACGAGUGGCGCACCCAGCGGCAGAACCACACGUACCCGCCGGACGUGAUCUUCGCGGGCGCGGCGAAAUCCAACCCGCUGCAAGAGGCGCGGUACUUCAACGAAGCGUCGCCAGACUCUCAGGACCCGCCAGUACUUUUUCGGCGAGAAGGACGCCCAAACGGGAUUGAUGCGGCUCCCCUGGAUAUCAUGGUGGACAAAGAUCCCACCCCUAUUUCAUCAUGA